AUGAGUGGAAAAGAGGGAAACUUGAAUGAAAGAGAUAUUGAAGAUUAUCUUAGUAAGUUAGAAGGCGGUUGGCUCUCAGAAGAUGGCCUUGAUGACCAAGAUUCCGAUGAUGAAAACCGCGAUGCUGAUGAAGUUAUAAGAGUGAUGCAGGAGGAGAACGAUGAUGAUGAUGAUGAUGUGGAUGAAACUGCUGACAUUGAUCCUCCUCUUGUAGAACCAGAAGAUCAAGAAUCCUCUCACCCAUCAACAUCAUCCAAUUUGCAGGGUAGUUUUGAGGAAAGAGUGUCUGUGCAUGAUGGUAUAGAUUUGAGUUGUGUGGCUUGGAAAGAUAAUAAGAUAGUAACCCUGUUAUCUUCUUAUUCUGGAGCAUUGCCUCUAACUAAAGUCAAUAGAUUUGACAGGACAACAAAAGAAAAAAUUGAUAUUACUUGCCCGUUUAUUGUACAAGAGUACAAUAAACAUAUGGGAGGAGUAGAUCUCAUGGAUAGCUUUUUGGGCAGAAAUCAUAUAAAAAUGAGGUCUAAAAAGUGGUAUUUGCGUAUUUUUUUUCAUCUAUUUGAUCUAGCUAUUAUAAACUCUUGGAUUAUUUAUAAAAGAAAUGCUCAAGAAAGAGGUGAACCUAAAAAGAGUUUGCUUACAAUGGGCCAAUUCAGAAAUGAAUUGGCCUUUGUGCUAUGCACCAGAGGGACCACCAAAGAAGCUAAAAGAGGGCGUCCUAGUACCAGUUUACUAGAAGAAGAACUACAAUUAAAGAAAAGAAAAGGUUCUCCAGCUCCACCACCUCCAAAAGACAUAAGAAAAGAUGGUGCUGAACAUUGGCCAAAAGUAGGUGGGUCACUCCGGUGCAAAUUUCCCAAAAUUUGGGAAAUUUGCACCGGAAUUGUGGAAUAG